CUUCGAUAUUACCUGCAUGCAAGGUUUUCUAUAUAAAUUCCCCACAAUUUACUAAAACUCACAAAAUAUACUGUUCCCUUCUCUCAGAUUGAGUAAAAUACUAAGAUAAAUAAUGAAACUUAUAAUAUUUGCGUAUUUAUUUGCUGCUUGUGCUGGGGCUUCUUUCCCCUUUGAUCCAGAACUGAACGAAUACUGGGAACAUUUUAAGAAAGUAUUCAACAAGUCCUACAAUCGAUAUGAAGAGAGUGCUCGUCGACUUAUAUGGGAAAGUAAUAUUGCUGAAAUUACUCGACAUAAUUUGGACGCUGAUCUGGGAGUUCAUUCUUACAAAAGAGGAAUAAAUAUGUUUUCAGACAUGAGCAAAGAAGAAUUAUCUAGCAAAGCGAACUGCCUGAAACGCAGUGGGAAUUUCUUAAGCAGUGGUAGCGUCUGGCUUCCUCCCCUAAAUGCUGACGUUCCUGACAAAGUAGACUGGAGAGAAAAAGGACUUGUCACUGGAGUGAAAGAUCAGGGCCACUGUGGAUCUUGCUGGGCAUUUUCUGCCACUGGUUCAUUGGAAGGCCAGCACAAGAGAAAAACAGGAAAUCUAGUUUCCCUCAGUGAGCAAAAUCUAAUCGACUGUUCAAGAGCAGAAGGCAAUGAUGGUUGUAAUGGUGGGUGGAUGGAUCAAGCGUUUCAAUAUGUUAAGAAAAACCAUGGAAUUGAUACUGAAAAGGCUUAUCCAUACGUAGAUGGAGAGGAUAGUUGUCACUUCAAAAAAUCUGGUAUUGGAGCUACUUGUACUGGUUAUGUUGAUAUUCCUUCAGGAGACGAAAAAGCCCUGAUGAUAGCACUCGCCACCGUUGGGCCCAUUUCUGUUGCUAUAAAUGCCAGCGGUAACUUCAUGGAUUAUGACAGUGGAAUUUAUAGUCCACGUGAUUGCAACGGUGGCGAAGAAGACCUGUCUCAUGGAGUUCUUGCUGUCGGAUAUGGCUCCGAAAACGGAAAGGAUUACUGGAUUGUGAAAAACAGUUGGGGAGACAGUUGGGGAGAGAAGGGAUACAUCAGAAUGAUCAGAAAUAAUAAUAAUAAAUGCGGCAUUGCCACAAAAGCCAGUUAUCCUCUUAUGUGAAAAAAUGUAAUAUGUAAAAUUUCAGCAAAUGUCUGAUAAUAUUCAAUCACUAAUGCGAAUUUUUUUCCUCAAUUCUUACAAGACAAUCUUUUUCGAGUAAAAUGGUGUAUGUAUCUUAUGUGUUGCGAACUGGUGAAUGUAUUUGGUGUAUUUUUUUAAAUUGAAAUGAAGAAGCAUAAUGUUGGUUCUUAAUAAAAUUAUUUUUCUUUUAUAA